AUGGGUCAAAUCAAGAACCUGAUCGGCACCAUCCGAAAGAAGCCUGCUACGGCAGACGAUGGCAUGACCGAUGAGCAAGCUGGCCACCAGCAAGGCAAGACCUCUGUCAUGCACGACAUUCGACACCUCGGGGUCAAGAACUCGUUGUUCAUGGCAGAGGCCUUGAAGGAUUUGAGCUCGGGUGACCCAAUCGAUGACAGAGAGCUGCUAUUGGAGCAUGGUGUCGAGAUGCUGCAGAGUCUUCCGCCCAGCAGCGGUCUCUCUUCAGCGAUCUCCAACGGCUUCAUCAAGAUGCUGUGGCGUGGUGAGUAGUUCGCACCUGCUCUCUUUGCCAUCGGUGCUGACACUCUCGCCAUGCUGUACAGACCUGCCACAUCCGCACGGCACAGUCGUAGGCAACACUGCCAAGUACAGAAGCGCAGAUGGGUCAGGUGAGCGGCUCCGGCGCGAGCGAGCGAGCGAGCCAGCACUGAGAUAGCAAGAAGUUGCUGACAUGCCCGCACCUGCGUCUCAGGCAACAACUUGCACAACCCUGAGAUGGGUAAAGCUGGCUCCGUCUACGCGCGAUCAGUGCCGCCUAUGCGCCCCAAGCCCGCGAAUCUUCCUGACCCUGAGCUUGUGAGUCUCUAUGCAAAGGCAGAUAGAGCCGUGCAUGCGCGCCUGCUGAUCUCAGAUCAAUAUCUCGUGUGUAGGUGUACGACAUGCUCUUGCGUCGGCCUGACAACGAGUCGCCUUUCAGGGAGCACCCCGGUGGACUGAGUGCCUUCUUCACAUGCUUCGCCACGGUAGUCAUUCAUGAGUGCUUCCAAACCUCUCGCGAGGACCACACCAGGAAUCAAACUAGCAGCUACGUCGACCUGAGCGUCCUGUAUGGUGAGUGGCGGUAUGUUCCGCAGUCCCUCGACCGCUGCUAAUGAUGCUCCACGCCUCACAGGAUUCAAUCAAGAGCAGCAGGAUGCUGUCAGAAGCCACAAAAAUGGAGAACUGUGGCCCGACACUUUCAGCUCGGAGCGCAUUGCGAUGAUGCCGCCUGGUGUCGUUGCUAUCGUCAUUCUGUUCUCGCGUCACCACAACCACAUCGCAGAGCGUCUGCUGCAAAUCAACGAGUCCGGCAAGUACAAGCCCUGGAACGAACUUGAUGAAGCGGGCAAAAAAGCCCAAGAUGAAGAUAUCUUUCAAGUGAGCGCCCAUCCUGCAUUCUUGAGCCAAUGAAGGUCAGCGCUGAUGUGUCCUUUUCCGUUUGCCCAGCUUUCGCGAAAUGUCAAUGUCGCCUUCUUCGCUACAGUCGUCCUCAAAGACUAUGUCGCGGCCAUCCUCAACACGGUGCGCGCAGAUUCCGAGUGGUCCCUCGACCUUGGCGCCGAAAUUCGAGAGCUUGGCGGCGCUGGCCGAGUCGAGCGCGGUACAGGAGUUGUGAACAGCGCAGAGUUCAAUAUUUUGUAGUGAGUCUUCUUGCGAACAGAGUCUAUCCAAAAGUGGAGCUGACUUGCACUGCAUUCACAGUCGCUGGCACGCUGUCAUGUCGCAGAAGGACGCAGCAUGGAUGGAAGACACCUUGAAGUCAAGCUUGCCGGGUAUUGAAUCUGUGGAGCAGAUCGGUCUCAAGGAGUUCGGAAUCGUUGCAGCCAAGCACGCCCAAAUGACCAAGACUACUCCCGAGAAGGAGUGGCAAUUCUCAGGCCUUAAGCGUGACCCUAAGACCGGCAAAUUCGACGAUGUCGCACUGGGAGAGAUGAUCAAGAACUCCAUUGAGGACCCAGCACACGCUUUUGGUGCUCACGGAACACCAGCCGCUCUCCGCAUUGUAGACUGUCUUGGCCAAAAACAGGCGCGGGACGUGUUCAACCUUUGCACUAUGAAUGAGUUCAGGAGCUACCUGAAUCUCAAGCCGUUCGAAACUUUCGAGGACUGGAAUCCUGAUCCACAGGUUGCCGCCGCAGCGGCCAAAUUGUAUGGCCACGUCGACAAUCUUGAACUUUACCCAGGCCUCCUUGCGGAGGAAGCCAAACCAAGCAUGCCAGGGUCUGGCGUCUGCCCCGGACACACCAUUGGAAGGGCUAUUCUCAACGAUGCGGUGCAGCUGAUUCGUGCAGAUAGAUUUCUCACAUUCGACCUUAACAGCAGCACCCUGACCUCCUGGGGAGCUCAGCAGAUUACUCAAGCUGCUCCUGGCGCGUACGGUGGCAUGCUGCCCACCAUCCUCUACCGCACCCUGCCUUCGCAAUGGCAGAGGUACUCCAGCUAUGCUCUGCUGCCUUUCUAUACUCCCAAGGCUGUGCGCCACAUUCUCAAAGAGAACAAGAAAUUGGACAAGUACGACACCUCUAGACCACCCAAGCAGCUCAAGAUGCACGGUGCUCACUCGUACGCUGCAGCUAAAGGUAUCUUCUUGGAUCGUGAGCGCUUCCGUGUGCCGUACGACGAGAACAUUGUGCACCUCACAGGCGCUCGGUUCAUGAUUGGCCACGACGAUGCCUCUGGUCACGAUCCGAAGUCUUUGCGCAUGAAGAACGCAUUCUUUGGCUAUCCCGACUUUGCAAAGAAGGCUGAGCAAUACCGCUCCUAUCCCGACUUUGCAAAGAAGGCUGAGCAAUACCACUUGGAGCACGCCAAGGCCAUCAUCAAAGAUCACAGUCUCUCCUAUCACAAUGGCCAACGCCACGUUGUCGACGUUGUGCGAGACGUCUGCAACGUCGUCCCAAUCCAGUGGGCCGCUCAAAAAUACGCAAUUCCCCUCAAGACCAAAGAGAAUCCUCACGGACUCAUGUCGACGUUCGAACUAGGCCUGCUCUUGACCACCCUCUUCCUCUACACCAGCUUCGACCAAAUUCCUGCAGCAAGCUGGGUACUGCGCGAUGCUGCUGAGCAACAUGGGCCACAGCUCAUGAAGGUGUUCGAGGGCCGCCUGAAGACCAACUCAGGUGUCAAGGAAGCCAUUUUGGACCGUUUCGCUAAGGGCACCUCGUUCGAGGUUUCGGAAGAGGCAGACUUCCUCUACCAUUCCUUGAUCAAGACCGGCGAGCCUAUCAAGCAGCUCGUUGCGGACUGCACGGGUACGAUCAUUCCUAUCGCCGGCAAUAUGACCCAGCAACCGGGCCUUCUCAUCGAUCUUUUGCUUGAGCCGCAUAACAAGUACGCACUCGAUCGUGUUGUCGAGCUCGUCAAGCAGGAUACUCCAGAAGCUGACAAGGAGCUUGAGGGAUGGAUUUGGGAAGGUAUGCGUCUGCGUCCUGUCGUUCUCGGCCUGCCCCGCAUCGCAGCUGUCGAUGUUGACCUAGACGACGGCCCUCGCGGAAACAUUGAGAUCAAGGCGGGCGACAAGGUAAUCGUCAAUACCGCUCAGGCACACCUCGAUCCCAAUGUCUUCCCGGACCCCGAGAAGAUGGACCCAAGCAGAGAUCGCAAGCUCUACAUCCACAUGGGCGCAGGCCUUCAUUUCUGCUUCGGCGCUGCGCUCGUCGUGCCAGCCAUUCGAGGCAUCUUCAAGGCGGUCUUCUCCUUGCCCAACAUCCGCAGAGCUGUUAGCGGUGGUCACUUCGUGGCUGCCAAGGAGCACUUGGGCCACAAUGCCGAUGCUGCCACUGCGACGCUCUUCCUUGACCACACGUCUCGCGAGUCGCCCAUUCCUUCCUCCCUCAAGAUCGAGUACGACUCUGCUUGA